UGAAAGGGCGGAUGCAACAUGCGAAGCAGCUUGUGUUACGAAAUUGUCCUCAAAAGAUCCCUAAAAUUACGAAUUAUCACUUCCGCGGCUCCACUACGCCACCCCCUCUUAAAAUCCCCUUCGCCGACUACAACAGAUUCAGAAACCAAGAAAAGCAUUCGAAGACUCAAUAAAACCAUGGAAGCAGUCCACGACUACAACACUUGUUGGAACUCCUCCACCAACUGGUAUAUAGCCCAUGGUUCUCUCCUUAAUUCCGUCACGUUCGAGUCAUCUUUUAUGUCAAUCGCCGACUCCAAUCAACAUCAAGACGCCCUCGAUUCCACUCCCAAAUCCCCCCUUAUCUUGUGCCCUACUUCGCCUGAUUCGGCCUCCUGCGAGAUCACCAUUGCUUUUGCACAAAAACAUGAAGUACGACAGGUUUAUGUCCGAAGUACUGCUCGAGUAUAUGAAAUAUACUAUGCUCCUAAAUCUCAGAGCAGCAAUGAGUAUCUAUGCACUGUUCGCUGUGGUAUUGCCUCCAGAGAUGAAGAGGUGCUUCGUGCAGCCAAUCUUGAUGAAGCUGCUUUGGCACAUCUAAAGGGAGCCAAUAAAGAGUUGGAUGAAAAGAGACAAAAAAUUGGCGGCAAUUCGAACUCGAAUGAAGAUGAUUGGGUUGAAGUGAAAGCUCCUGAUACUCCUAUGCUUGAUUGUGGAAGCAGCCUGCCAUCAAAUUUUAGUGUGAACUCACUUAGCACACAGGAUUUAUAUGAGGCUACCGCUGAGAUCACCGAUGCAAACCCCUGCAUGUCUAUUACUCUCCGCUUGCUUUUACUUCAGAAUAAAGGCUGCAUAUGUGUUGAUGAACUCUAUUUGUUUGCUGAUCCUGUUGAAUUAUCUGAUUCUGAAAAUGAAGUGGGUCAGACGGGAAAUGCAGGUGGAAGUUCUCUUAUGGCUAUGCUUGCUCCCACACUUUUGCAGUUAUCUAAAACAGCAGGUCUUCGCCACAUACAAAAUGAAGACAUUUUUGGCUCAAAGGAAAAAGAAAAGACACAAGAAAAUGGGUCAAAGGCUGUUGAAUCAUUAAAGUUUGUAAUCCAGCCAGAAGGAAAACCCAGUUUAGUCAAUCAGCAUGAAGUGGACUCGCUGGAAGCAAUUGCAUCAACUAUUGAACCAAAACAACAUCAGAUCCCCCCACUUAAAGAUAAAGAAGCCAAGGCUGAUUUAUCAUGUGGGCAUAUUGAGAGAUUCCUGGAUCAGCUUGUUUCUCGAGUCAGCAGAGUAGAAGAUCUCCUAUUAAAGUUUGAAGAGAACAUGCUAAAGCCCAUUAGCAGCAUUGAUGCAAGGCUCCAGCAGGUAGAGCGGCAGCUUGAAGAACUCAGUAAGAAACCUAAGAAUUCUGAAUUGCCAUCUUGCACAAGAUAUUCUGCACCUGAAUUUUCAUGUCACGAUUCAGAUAAUGACACUCCUUAUAACAUUGGAAAUGAAUUUUUGUGCUGCGAUUUAUGUGCAUCACAUGAGAAGGAUUUUUCAUCAUCUAUCCAACCUGAUGAAGCCAUUGAUUCUGUAAAUGAUACUCGGUCAUUCCCAAGUCUUGUAGUCACUGCUUCUGAAAUUUCUGAUGUUGAUGACGAGGAAGACGAUCAUGCAUCGGGAACUGAUUCUCCUAAGGAUAAACCAAAGCAGACUAUGUCAAUUGAUGAUGCAUUAGCAUCUGCCCUUGCCAGAUUCCUGUCUUCAACUUCAAUUGAGCCUCAGAAAUAUACACAAGCUCUUGCUGUAAAGGCCCCUGAAUUUUUACAUGAAGAAGAUGGCAGCAUUGACAAAAAAGUGCCACCAGAAUCACAUUUUGGCGUAACAUCUGAACCUUGCAGUCUUGACACAAGAGAUACAAUGGAUUCAAGAACAGCAUCAGCGUCCUCCAACUGUCCUUUAGAGAGAAUAGGCGAGGCGACAUGCUUUCUAAAUGACGAUGAUUCUGAGCAAACAGCCAAAGAAGUUGUUGAAGACUGUCAAGGGCAAGGUACUUGCCAUGAGACAGUUGACUGCAUAGUUACUCCAGCCAGACAUAAUAUGCACCAGAUAGCGGGAGACGUGGGAAAUGGGGAAGUUAGCAGUGGAACAAGCAAGAUUUUGGUUCUUGAUGAAGCUGAUAUUCUCAACCAAUUCCUUGAAAAUCAUGUCGAGCAAGGAGCUCCUGGAAACACGGAAAUUAAAGCAGAAGUCACCAAACAAGGACCUCUUGAAGAAUUUCUGCAGAAUGUUCUGGAAUUAUCAAAUGCUUCUUCUGUAGUGGAUUUUGAAACUCCAAUCCUGGAUGUUAAGUUUACUUCUCAAGACAACUCCAAGUACAAGUCUCCCCUUGAAGCCCUUUUGUCUCACAUGCCAGUCACAGAUACUGUUGCUUCUUGCUCUAAGGUAAGUGAUGAUGGUUCUCAAGCUGGUGAAGAAUGCAACUUGAUUUCAGUAGGGGGUGAGGAGCCGGCAUGGCCGGCAACUGCUGGUCAUUUUUCACUGGAUUUGGAUGGUUACGCUUUAGAGGUUGAAAACCGGGAGGAUUAUUAUGCAUGCAGCAACCAGGAAAUUUUGGCAACAAGCCUUAUAUGAAAGAGAAGUGCUACUUGUGUCCUAAGAUCUUGUAUUGGAAACGCAGAUUGAUGGGGUUGGCAACAGAACUGAGUUACAAGUCGAUGAUUUUGUCAAUUCAAAGUACAUACUUUAUUACUUAAGGGCCCGCCCGUAGUCGCAUAUAGUGGGCUAUGAUUUUUUUUUUUUUUCAUUUUGAUUGUAUUUGUCUUGAGGAUAAUAGUAAAUCGAUACAGAUAUAUUCAAGCAAAUUUAAAGGUAUUGAUUAAUUAAAGCCGAGUGGCAUUU